AUGGAAGCGUUUAUCCCGGGCACUCCUUUACCUUUAAGGCGGAUGGUUUCGCAAACGGCGAAUGCCGCAAUUUCUAACGCCACGUGCAGUGCAGCUGCGAAAAUUUUCGCUACUAAUGUGUCAAGGGCUGCCUCCGCUGCUUUGAUAGCUGCCGCUUUAACAGUAGGACCGCUUUCACUGCCUAGCCCGGCGGAAGCUGCUGGAACAAUGAAGCUGCCUCCUAUCGACCGCGCUAACCCGAGCCGCUGCAUGCCUGCCUCUUCUUCCAUCGGACAGGCAAAUGCCGCCCGUGACAAAGUCCUUGACCUCCGGGAGUGUGAUCUUCGCGGGAAAGAUUUGAAGUCUUUUGAUCUUUCUGGCGGAAUUUUCUCGGGAGCCGACCUAUCUGGUGCUAGUCUCAUGGACGCGCAGCUAUCUAAGUCAUACGCUCCGAAUGCGAAGUUCAGGGAUGUCGACUUUACGAAUGCGAUUGCGGAUCGCGUCACCUUCGAUGGUGCAGAUUUGACCAAUGGGAUCUUCGCCAACGCCGUUCUCAGCGACUCGACUUUCGAGAACGCCAACCUCGAAAAUGUUGACUUCACAGAUGUUUACAUAGGCGACUUUGCACAAAAGUCUAUAUGCCGCAACCCAACCGUAAAGGGCCAGAAUCCCGUCACAGGCGCUCCGACCAGGGAAAGCCUUGGCUGCCGCUAA